GGGAAGCCCGCGGUCCAGAGGCUUGAGUAGUUCUCCUGCGGCUGUGGGCUUGCAGUUGUCAGAACGGUGGAACUCAGGGAGCGUGCAUUGGAAUUGUCAGAAAUAUAUACAAAAGGAGCGUGCACUUCUUUGUUGUUGCCAUGGCUGAUCUUUUGCAUUACAACGAUUCUGCUGCAGUUGGAAACCGUUUCGCCCGCAAAGGUGCUCUGCGGCAGAAAAACGUUCAUGAAGUGAAGAACCACAAAUUUACUGCACGUUUUUUUAAGCAACCGACAUUCUGCAGUCAUUGCACAGAUUUUAUAUGGGGUUUUGGUAAACAAGGAUUUCAGUGCCAAGUGUGCUGUUUUGUGGUCCACAAACGCUGCCAUGAGUUUGUUACCUUCUCCUGCCCCGGGGCCGACAAGGGUCCAGACACAGACCAGGCCCUCAGCAGGUUGGAGGUGGUUUUUCAGAAGCUGCGGGAGCACAACCUGAAGUUUACUCCGAAAAAGUGCCAUCUCUUGCGGAGGUCCGUGAAGUUCCUUGGACACGUUGUUGACGGUGACGGUGUUGCUGUUGACCCGGAAAAAGUUGAGGUCAUCUCCAAAUUGUUGAAGAGGGACAACAAUAGCUGCACUCCUUCAGUCCGCAGACUGAAGUCAUUCCUGGGGAUGGACCCUAGAAGCAAGCACAAGUUUAAGAUCCACUCCUAUGGUAGUCCUACCUUCUGUGACCAUUGUGGCUCUCUGCUCUAUGGACUCAUCCACCAAGGGAUGAAAUGUGACACCUGUGACAUGAACGUGCACAACCAGUGUGUGAUGAACGUCCCCAGCCUGUGUGGAACGGACCACACAGAGCGUCGCGGUCGCCUCUUUCUCAAGAUCGAGGUCAGCGGAGACAGGCUACAUGUCACAGUGGGUGAGGCCAGGAACCUAAUCCCCAUGGAUCCCAACGGUCUGUCGGACCCCUACGUGAAGCUCAAACUGAUCCCUGACCCCAAGAACGAGACCAAGCAGAAGACCAGGACAAUUCGCUCCUCACUAAACCCCACCUGGAAUGAGUCCUUCACUUUUAAGCUGAAGGGAAAUGAAAACAACCAUAAGCUGAAGAUGAUGGAUAAGGACCGCAGAUUGUCUGUGGAGGUGUGGGACUGGGACCGCACCACUAGGAACGACUUCAUGGGUUCCAUGUCCUUUGGCGUAUCCGAGCUCAUCAAGUCCCCUGCCUGUGGAUGGUAUAAGAUGCUUAACCAGGAAGAGGGAGAGUACUACAAUGUCCCCAUCCCUGAAAAGGAUGAUGUCAACCUGGAACUCAGGCAAAAGUUUGAGAAAGCCAAGCUGGGUCACGGGAAGAAGGUGAUCGCACAGUCAGAGCAUUGGAGGUUCAGUCUACCCUCGGGGAACAUGGACCGGGUCCGCCUCAAUGACUUCCACUUCCUGGCCCUGCUUGGGAAGGGCAGCUUUGGCAAGGUGAUGCUGGCAGAGAUGAAGUUAACAGAGGAGCUGUAUGCUAUCAAGAUCCUGAAGAAGGACGUGGUGAUCCAGGAUGAUGACGUGGAGUGCACCAUGGUGGAGAAAAGGGUCCUGGCCCAGAGAGACAAGCCCCCCUUCCUCACACAGCUACACUCCUGCUUCCAGACUGUGGACCGGUUGUACUUUGUGAUGGAGUACAUAAACGGAGGAGACCUCAUGUAUCAUAUCCAGCGUGUGGGCAAGUUCAAGGAACCCCAAGCAGUGUUCUACGCUGCAGAGAUUGCAGUGGGCCUGUUCUUUCUGCACAGGAAAGGAGUCAUCUACAGGGAUUUGAAGCUGGACAACGUGAUGCUGGACUCCGAAGGCCACAUCAAGAUAGCAGACUUUGGCAUGUGUAAGGAAAACAUGUAUGAAUGCUUGACCACGCGCACCUUCUGUGGUACCCCUGACUACAUCGCCCCAGAGAUUAUAGCAUAUCAGCCCUAUGGAAAAUCUGUGGACUGGUGGGCCUAUGGAGUCCUCCUAUAUGAGAUGCUGGCUGGACAGCCCCCAUUUGAUGGAGAGGACGAGGAUGAGCUGUUCCAGUCCAUCAUGGAGCACAACGUGUCCUACCCCAAGUCAAUGACCAAGGAGGCCGUCUCCAUCUGCAAGGGCUUGAUGACCAAGCAUCCAUCCAAGCGCCUGGGCUGUGGGCCAGAGGGAGAGAGGGACAUCAGGGAGCAGGCUUUCUUCAGACGCAUUGACUGGGACCGCCUGGCCAACAGAGAAAUCCAGCCGCCGUUCAAGCCCAAAGUGUGUGGAAAAGGGGCGGAAAACUUUGACAAGUUCUUCACCCGUACCCAGCCCAUGCUCACCCCUCCAGACCAACUGGUCAUCGCCAAUAUUGACCAAAGCGAGUUUGCUGGCUUCUCCUACAUCAACCCCCAGUUCAGCCAUCCAUCCUUGCACAGUGUGGUAUGAGCAGAGAGGAGAGGAGGAAAGGGGAGAUAACAGGCAGAGGGCGAACCACGAGGAUUUGGACAGAAUGGACCUUCCAAAACACCAAAUGCCAACAUCCCACUGUCAAAGAGACUAAUAUAUCAUUGGUGUGUUCUGAGAACUCUACUUACGGCAACAUUCUGUAAACACAUUCUAUAAUCUCUAUAUUGAAAUGAGCUGAGGUGACAGGGGGCUGGUUGUUAAGAUUGUGUGGGCUGCAGAUUCAGGUUUACUGUUAUUUAAAGUUUAAUUUCAAUACAGUAGGCCUUGUAAUGCCUAUCUGCCCUUGUCAAGUCUGGAGUGUACUGGAACUUCGUCACAACUCCCCCCACCAUGUUGUCCUCAAGAAAUUCUGAUUAGAAGCCUUGUGUCAUUUACUGUAUUUGCCCUACAGAGGCUACCCCAUGAUUCGCGUGGGUGGUGUCUUAAGACGUUAAGAAACUCCUCCCUCUUCAUCUAGUUUGCAAUUAGCUACAAUGCAUGUGAAAACUAAUGACAGUAUGUGUUACUGUCUUCUCUUUUCCUUCCUCUCUCUAUCUACUGUGCUGCCAUUUCUGAACUGCGACAUUAUAUUUCUAUACUGAGAAGAGUUGGUCUACUGUAACGAGUGCCAAAAUAUACUGUAAGUGGGACAUAAUAUAGAUUACAUUUACUCAUCCUGCAAUGCAAGAAUACAUAUAUACAGUAUCUUACAACAUAUCUGUUGUUGUAGUCGAAGAUAAUGUCUGUCUGUCCCUCUUGGCUUGGUCCACAGCCUUUCAGCAUGUUGACACUCAAGGAGGAUUCAGAUUUGAUGUGUUUCAUUGGCAACAAAAUGUAAUCCACCGAAAGUGAUGGAAACACUGGAACGAGAAAGUCUUUGAAAUGAAAACCAUUGUUUGUUCUGGACUCGUUUGCUGUCUGUAACUGAUUUCUGAAGAGGCUAUUUAUGCACAAAGCAGUUCUCUUUUGCAUGCUUAUUUUCUGACUAAAUGAGCUGUAGACUCUAGGGAUGCAGUACAUGUCUAAUAUCUAUCAUUGUAAACCAAGUAUUAUGGGAUUUGUUAAUAUAUAAUUGUUCUAUGUUUGCACUACCUACACUAUCUUUUCAUUGUAAAUGGAAGUUUUGUGCCAGUUCUGCUUUCUGUCCAGAGAAAUGUUUAUCCUAUAUAUGGUAUGUCCACCAUUUUGUAAAUAUAUUUCAAAAGAGAGGUUUCGAAAAGAGCAGUAACUUGCUGAUUUUAUACCACAAACUGAAUGUCCCUUUACUACCUUAGACAGUUUGAACAUUUAUAUAUUUAGAUUAUUCCAAAAACAGAUAUGUUUGGUUGAAUCUUUGGUAGCUUUGUAAUCAGCUUUUCCUCUGUUUAUCCACAGUGUUUUUUUUUACUGUUCAAUGUCAUGUAGAUGAUAUGCAGUAUAGGUUUGACAGCGGUGCGUGCAAUAGCUGGAUGCACUCUUGCCUUGGUCCUCUCUGGGGGCAGACUCCUAAAUUGAGAUUGUGUAUGUCUUCAAUGGUCGCGCCACUGGCAUCCUUGCACGUGUGUUGAUUGUUUGAAAAUCCUGGUUAUGGUGCGAAGAUCUCAAGGCUCUCAGCUAUCUGAUUCAAGUUUUCUUGGUUACACUGUGUGCAUGUGGAAGGCUAGGCAUAAACUAAGCAUGAGAGAGAGGCUGUUGCAUGCUACAGAGAACCCAGGUUUAGAGCGUGGACGUCCCGCUUUUUCACGUAGAAUGAAAUUAGCCUGUCAGCAAGCCUCUUGCGCUUCUCUCCUCGUGCGUUUUCAAGUUGCUGUGGAGUAGUAUCCUUUAUAAAGUUCUCCCAAAAAGUUUUUUUAUGUCGAAGCUUAUAAUUAACUAUCUGCAACAAAAAGAGUGUAUCGGUUGUUGUUUCGGUGAGUUAUCUAGCUUUUCUCACCUGUACCAAACUGAGAGCCAAGCGGUAAAGGCUAUCCAAAAUAAACAAAAAAUAAAAUACAAAAUGUUUUCUAAGAAAUAUGAUCAGCUUCGUUAAUUUGGGUUUACCUUAUUUCUCGGAAAUAAAGCAGAGGUUUAUACCCCGAUUUUAAAUUUUUCUUGAUGUGUUGAGGCUUAUAUUUCGAUGCGCUUAUAGCACGAAUAGCAUGAAUGCUAUUUAACCCGUUAAAGAGUAGCGUCGCACAUAUGUGAUCGUUUGAAUGCGGGUCUCACAUCGAACGUUGCACAUAUACAAUUUUGAAUAUUUCAACUAUUUUCCGAUGGACAAAAAGUAUGCCACAAACGCUUUAGUGUGGCUUCAAAAUGUACUUAUGAGAAGGCUAACAAGUAACACUAGCAUGGUAGUUGCAUUGCUACAAGUAUUAUGCUAGCUAACUUAGCCUGGAAGCUAACUAAAGCUAGCUAGCUACCGUUUCUGAAAAAUAAAUUACGCUUUGGGGACCGUCGGAAAUAUUUAGAACUCACACGUCUAAAAGUAAAGAUUAGUUCACUCCCGGGCAAUAGAAAACAUACAUUACGCACUUUCGUUUUUGAAGUGUGUUACACAACGGCAUGCUGUAAGAUCGCCUACUAGUAUAGCCUACUCAUUGCUUGGUAUCAUUGUUCCCGUAUCAAGUGCGGUUUAUACUCAGAUUUACAAACACAAAUCUCCCAUUCUGGUGGGGUGCGGUUUAUAGAAAAUGCGGCUUAUUUUCCAAAAAAUAAGGUACAUAGACCUUGACUUACUGAAAGAUAGCAUCCGACUACUUGGAGUAGGCCUUGGCAGUAACAGCACAAUGGUUUUCCAACUGCCCAAACUUUUAUUUAGUUUAUGCUAUUUAACCAGUUUAUAAUGUUUAUCAAACAUUUAUGUAAGAGGCUGCAGGUAUCACGACGUGGUUGUGGACACAGUGCACUCAACAAGCCAGGAAAUCCUACUUUCUUCACUUUAAAGCCUAUUACCUGGCUGAUGCAAGUGACAAGACACCCUAAUCAUCUACCUGGGUCCUCUGUGGUUUAAGAAAUCCAAACAAGCCAUUUUAUGGUGUCAGUAGCAACUAUACACUGUAAAAGAGGGAACGAUAAUAUAUCUAUAUAAUUGUUUUCAGAUGCAAACCUCCCAUGCUUACUCAUCAUGAAACCUCAGUUUUCAGGUCAACAAAAAUUAACACAGUAUUAGACUAAGAAAACUAGUUUGACUACAGUGGUAUAUUGGUUGCAGAUUAUACAAAAGAUAGAAACAUCUUUUUGGGUUUACAGGCAAUACUUGGGAGUUAAUAGGUUCUAGAACCUGUCUGGAAUGGUUCAUUAGUGGUUACAAUGAGUUAUUUAGCAUUCCUUUUAGAGUGUAGAUGUUCCCAUAUUUUAUAUCCACAGACCUCCUUUCCUCAGCUGUGGAUUGUCAACAGGGUUAGGAUUGGGCCAACUAAAGACAGGGAUCACAUUGAGAAUCAGUUUUUGGAGAAUACAGCCUAUUUGAUCAACUAUAUGACAGACCCCUGGAUUGGUCAUGCCAUCAGAGUGAACUAAAUCCUCAUUUAGGCUUAGGUCAUCACAAUACAAAUGUGGUCACGUCGAUGUUUUACCUUUUAUUUUUGUUACACUCUCCUUGCUUUUAUUCCUAGUUCCAUUGUUGUGGUAUGAGGGAUACUGUGUAUUAAUAAAAUAAAUGAA